UGGAAAAAGUAAAAGAACAAUUAAAACUUUCCUUGGAAAACAAGAAUGGCGUAGUGCAAACUGGUGAAUUGACAGUUGUGCUUGAUGGAUUGGUUAUUGAGCAAGAAAAUCUACCAAACUGCACCUCAUCUCCAACCAUAGAAGUACAGCAAAAUGGUGAUGCCUUACAUGAAAAUGGAGAGCCUUCAGCAAGGACCACUAGCAGGUUGGCUGUCGAAAGUACUAAUGGAAUAGAUAAUCAUGUACCUACAAACACUGUAGUCCAAAACGCAUGCCACUUGUAUAUAGUUAAUGGAGACAGUGCACCUUCAUCUCCGUCUCAGGUUGCUGCCAGACCCAAAAAUACACCAGCUCCAAAAUCCCUCUCAUCUGAGCCUACCAGUGACACUGUUAAUGGAGAAUCAUCCUCAUCUGCACCAACCGAUAAUGCUUCCGCCAUGGAUAUUCCUGUAGCAUCUGAAGAAACCACUUUAACUUCAAAUUGCACUAGUGCUGCCAUAGAAGAUCCUCCCAUUCAAGAGAUACCGGCUUCCUCAGAACACAGUGAAUGUAUUCUUUCCUCCAGUACAGAACUGGAAUCUGAAGCUAGGAGAAUAUUAGACCCUGACUCUUCUAAUUCUGGAAAUAGUUCUGGUUUUGACAAAUUAAGGCAGCCAGAUGGGUGUGUGGAACCUGUACGACAGCAGUCUGGAAAUACCAACACAGAGUCUUUGCCAUCGGGGUGGGAACAGAGAAAAGAUCCUCACGGUAGAACCUAUUAUGUAGAUCAUAACACUCGAACUACCACAUGGGAGAGACCACAGCCUUUGCCUCCAGGUUGGGAAAGAAGAGUUGAUGAUCGUGGGAGGGUUUAUUAUGUGGAUCAUAACACCAGAACAACAACGUGGCAGCGGCCUACCAUGGAAUCUGUUCGAAAUUUUGAACAGUGGCAAUCUCAGCGGAACCAGCUGCAGGGAGCUAUGCAACAGUUCAACCAGCGAUACCUCUAUUCGGCUUCAAUGUUAGCUGCAGAAAAUGACCCGUACGGACCUUUGCCACCAGGCUGGGAAAAAAGGGUGGAUUCAACAGACAGGGUGUACUUUGUGAAUCAUAACACAAAAACAACUCAGUGGGAAGACCCAAGAACUCAAGGUUUGCAGAAUGAAGAACCCUUGCCAGAAGGCUGGGAAAUAAGGUAUACUCGAGAAGGUGUUAGGUAUUUUGUUGAUCAUAACACAAGAACAACAACAUUCAAAGAUCCUCGCAAUGGGAAGUCAUCUGUAACUAAGGGUGGUCCACAGAUUGCUUAUGAGCGCAGCUUCAGGUGGAAACUUGCUCACUUCCGUUAUUUGUGCCAGUCUAAUGCACUACCCAGUCAUGUAAAGAUUAAUGUGUCCCGGCAGACAUUAUUUGAAGAUUCUUUCCAACAGAUUAUGGCAUUAAAACCUUACGAUUUGAGGAGGCGAUUAUAUGUAAUAUUUAGAGGAGAAGAAGGACUUGAUUAUGGUGGCCUAGCAAGAGAAUGGUUUUUCUUGCUUUCACAUGAAGUUUUGAACCCAAUGUAUUGCUUAUUUGAGUAUGCGGGCAAAAACAACUAUUGUCUACAGAUUAAUCCAGCAUCAACUAUUAAUCCAGACCAUCUUUCAUACUUCUGUUUCAUUGGUCGCUUUAUUGCAAUGGCACUAUUUCAUGGCAAGUUUAUUGAUACUGGUUUCUCUUUACCAUUCUACAAGCGCAUGCUAAGUAAAAAACUUACUAUUAAGGAUUUGGAAUCCAUUGAUACUGAAUUUUAUAACUCCCUUAUCUGGAUAAGAGAUAACAACAUUGAGGAAUGUGGCUUAGAAAUGUAUUUCUGUGUUGACAUGGAGAUUUUGGGUAAGGUCACUUCACAUGACCUGAAGUUGGGAGGUUCUAAUAUCCUGGUGACUGAGGAGAACAAAGAUGAAUAUAUUGGUUUAAUGACAGAAUGGCGUUUUUCUCGAGGAGUACAAGAACAGACCAAAGCUUUCCUUGAUGGUUUUAAUGAAGUUGUUCCCCUUCAGUGGCUACAGUACUUCGAUGAAAAGGAAUUGGAGGUUAUGCUGUGUGGCAUGCAGGAGGUUGACUUAGCAGAUUGGCAAAGAAAUACCGUUUAUCGACAUUAUACAAGAAACAGCAAACAAAUAAUUUGGUUUUGGCAGUUUGUGAAAGAGACAGACAAUGAGGUGAGAAUGCGACUAUUGCAGUUUGUCACUGGAACCUGCCGCUUACCUCUUGGAGGAUUUGCUGAGCUCAUGGGAAGUAACGGGCCUCAAAAAUUUUGUAUUGAAAAAGUUGGCAAAGACACGUGGUUACCAAGAAGCCAUACAUGUUUUAAUCGCUUGGAUCUACCACCCUAUAAGAGUUACGAACAACUAAAGGAAAAACUUCUUUUUGCAAUAGAAGAGACAGAGGGAUUUGGACAAGAAUGAAUGUGGCUUCUUGUCUUCGAGGAGCGCUUGAAUUUAAAUACCCCAGCCAAGAAAAAUUGCGCAUAGUGUAUAUAAGCUGUUCAUUCUGUACAGUGAAUUGUCUUAACCUCUCAAAGCAUAAACGUUUUCCGUUCUUCCACAGAAUAUGCAAAAUAGUUCAUCGUUUUCUACUUUAUUUAUUGCUCCCUUGAAAUGACCAGGAAAAAGAUCAACCUUAAAUUUUGAAGCAAGAGACUUUAUUAAAAAUAAGUAUAUAUCUAUAAAAGCAUAUAUGAUAGUGGCUCUAGUUUUAUAGAGCUUCAGGUGUAUUAAACACGACAGCUGUUCAUUCACACAGAUCUGAAUUUGCUUUACCUUGUUUCUAUGAUCCAGGGGAAAUGUGCAAAUUGCUCCAUGUUCUUCUCCCUUAUGUAACAUCUCCAGAGGGUGUUUAGUUGCAUGGCUAUUGAGGAAGGUAUUAAGGGCUUAGGCCAAAUCUUGAGUGUGUUAAAAAAUGCUGCUGGCUUUUCUGAAGACAGGUACUUGAACCUGUCAGUUUGUUUUAAAUAAAUACAAUAGUGCAAAAUUUCCUUCUUUGCUAUAUCAGUAAUACAGUAAAAAUAAUGAGUGAAACUGUAACUUACAUGGAAGUCAUUGCUAGAUUUAAUAAAAUUUAGUUUGUUAUGGAGGUUGGAAAGAAUUCAUUGAACAGCGUAGAGAUUUGUUUACAUGUUACUUUGGGAUGAUAGUUACUUGUGAAAUUAAAAAGAAGUGGCUAUUCUGUUGUUAAAAUGUGAUUCUUUAAAUUUAAUUCACAAUAAAUUGAUACAGUUUGAUACUUAGGAACAUACAAAAGGUAAUGCAAAGUUUGCCACUUUUGUUCAUGUUCAAAGUUUUGGUUUUAUAAAACGAAAUAGAGUAAAUAAAACCAGAUGGAUUCAAAAGGGUUACAUAAACAUUUGAACACUUAAAUAGGAGACUAACGAUUUUCUAUUCAUGUUUGAGUAUCUUCAGUAUAAAUUCAUGAAAAUUCUGUGUAUCUGAAUAAGCAUAACCCUUUCUUUUACAUAGAUCAAUUUAUUUUUAUCCUAAUACUUUGUAUUUCAUUAUAAGGGCAUUUGUUGAACUACAAAGAUGUAUAUAACAAAUCAAAAUUUGAUGUGAAUGAUGUUAAUGCUGCUUUUAGCAAACUGGGCUUCCUAAUACAGAAAUUAUAAAUUUCCAGUUUUAAUCAUGCUUUCAAAUAUGCACUGUAAAUUUCAUUAACUUAAAAUUUUUUAUAACUGUGGAACUGACUUUUUAGAAUGUGUUACUUGUAAAUAUUCCACCGCUAAGUGCACAUGGAAAAUACUAGUAUACAAUUUAACUUCCAUAAACACUUGUUUUUGUUUUGCCAAAAUUUUAUUUUUCUACAUACUGGACUAUGUUCUGAAUUUUUACUUACAACCCAUAGCAAAUAUGAAAUAAAGGCAGUGACACAGAUAGUUGAUGAGACUCCUUUCCCAAAUCUUAACUAUAAGCAUUCUGGUUAUUUUCGAGCCUAAAGAAUUUUUUUUUCAUGUGUAUGUUAGGUUAUGCAGUAGAGGCUGACCACUGUUCAGGAAGAACAGUGUCUUACAAAUUCUGUUAUGACAGAAGUUACUGAAUGUCGUUCAGUGGAAGUGCGAGAGAAUGUAAAUUAGAUCAAGCUGAGAGGGAUGGCUUUCAGGUAGAGUUUCAGGGUGCUAGUCCCUCUAGUAAGAAAUUACCAUGUGCCAGACAAGGCUUCAGAGAACCCACAAGAAACCAAACCAGCUUACCAAGGAAGACUUAAUUUGGAGACCUCAUCAGGAUCGUCCAUAUUUCAUACCUUACUGUAGAUACUAGAACUGCAAAGCUAUCUUGAAUUAUCUCAUUGGCAGGUAGAACAGCUAGAGAAAUGUGACCCACCACUCUUUCCUUCCUGCUCCUUAUAGCUGGAACAGCCAGAAAGAAAACAGAAGUACAGGGCUCACUGCGCCUGGUUUGCUCAUAGCUCAUAAGCAAACAGGAGACAAGAGGAAGGUGUGAGACAGGUUCACACUGCUGCUUCCUUUUGGUGACACUCCCCACUACCAUUCGUGAAAGGUGGUUACAUUUCCAUCAGUCACGUCAGUUGUCUGUCUUCCAGAAAAAGAACCUACCACUGAUGUUUUUUCUGUACUUCUUAAACAGUUAAAAUGUUACCAUUUCUCUCUUCUGACCUCACUUACUCCACCUGUGUCAUUACUCUGAAAAUUACGUAGGGUGUGUAGGCCAUACUGCCAGGCAGCUUCACUCCUGUUAAAAAUGACCCUGACUGGUAAGUUGCAUGUGGACAGAGAAGACUCCAGAUAUGUAGUAGGAAGCUGUAACUUUGGGUUUUUGCGAGGGUGAAAGCCUGGAGCUGCCUGUCCUUAAUGAGGACUUGUCAUUGGGGAAAUGGUGGUUCAUGCAGAGUUGUAUGGAUGCUGUGCUACACAAAACUGCUGUUAGCGUCAUCUUCUGGAGGCCCAGCAUUGCUGUGCUGGCCAGUUGUAGUUCUUACUGAACUGCUUUCUGAGUAAACCAGUGCUAUGCUAAUGCCUGUUGGAGGCCUGCUGAGUUCUGAUGUUUGACCUGGGACAACCUGGUGGAAAUUGCAGAAGUAAAUCUUUUGUUGAAAUAUGUGUAUGGGAAAAUAAAAGUUCUCCAACACUC